CUUGUGCAUUUUCUGGUUCUUUUGCAGAUGUAUAUACUAAAUAGAAUUCAGGACUAUGCAUUUUUUUAAAUUAAAGUUUCGUUGAUACACAAUCUUAAUAUUGGUUUCAAAUAUACAAUACAGUGAUUCAACAUAUUAUCUAAUCCUCACCCCCUCUAGUGCAGUUACCAUCUUAUCAAUGUAGUAAGAUGUUACAGGAUCUUUAGCUGUCAGGAAUAUUCAUUUUUAACAAGCCCUCCUUACCUCCUUACUCCCCUACCCCAGUCCAAGGUGAUUCAGGUACAGGUGUCCUAAGAACACAUUUUGGGAAACACUGGUUUGAACAGUUUGCAGGCCACACAACUGAGCACCAUUUAUACUUCUUUUUCUAAUCCAGGCUCAGGAAACUCUGGUCUGUGGACCAAAUGCAGCCCAUCACCUGUUUUUGUAAAUAAUGUUGUGUUGAAACCUAGUCACCCUGAUUUGUUUUCAUAUUGCCUGGCUGCUUUUUUGCCAUGAUGUCAGAUUGAAUAGUUGCAACACAGACCAUAAAACAGGCAAAGCCAAAAAUAUUUACUGUCUGGCUCUUUACAAAAGAGUCUGCUGACCCCAGCAUGUAAUCCAACAUUUUGUGUGGGAGAAUAGCAAAGAAAAUCCAGUAAAGAAACUGGAGUACAUUUAACAGGAGAGCUUUGAAUAUGGUGCUGAAGGGCAUGCAAUUGACCAGUUCAGUUUAACAAGAAUUGAUUUAGUCCUUCCUGUAUGCAAGGUACUGUGUACACUGUGACAGAAGCCCCGGUUUUCCCACUUGGGCAGUUUACAGUCUUCAGUGGCAAAUGCAUGAUUUCAGAUGUGAUCGGGUGAGUUAUAGCAUCUGCCUUCCUGGAGUGCUUUGGGAAUGCAUGGCAGGGCACCUAGCAGUCUAAUCCCUGCAGUUAGGAAUGGUGUCAUCGGCAUCUUUAACCCUCAGUAACUUGCCCAGCACUGCCUGUGGUACAGGAGGUUCAGAAGCGUGCACCCCCUCCCCUCACUUGCUUGGCUUGGUGUAUUGUCCUGCCCCUUUCCUGCUUUGGCUGCUGGGAUGCUAGAGCUGCGAUGCACCAGGGGUUUGUGAAGUUGAGCUUUGCUCUUCAGUGCCGUUGCCCUGAGAAACACAAACUUGGACUGGCACUUAGAGGCCACCCCUAGGGUUGCCAACCAUCCUGGUUUGCCUGGCAUUGCCUUGAUUUUUCAAGUUCCCUCUCCUGGCAUAUGCCUUAGUCCUGGGCACACUGGGACAGUGCCUGGGAGCAGAGGCAACCCCAGACGGGUCCAGCCUAGCUUAGCUGACCUCCACGCAACCCAGCAACCUGUGAGGAAUCAUAAAUGAUGUUGUUUUGGCAUGCUUUGUCAUGCAGCAAUAGUUCAGUGGUAGAAUGCCCAAUAAACAUUUGGUCAUUUGAACUGAGAUAGCUCCUGGGGAGUAAAACUUAAGCACGUGAAAAAGAUAAGUGUUCCAGCAGAUGGAGGAGCAUAAAUCCAGAGCCUGGGGCUUGGAGGAUGGUAUGAGCUGGCACGUGGAGGGCAGCUGUGAGCGGGGCACAUCUGAAGGCCAGGUGACCUACGCCCCAGAGUAUUGCAGCAGCCCAGGUGGGGGCCUGUAGGCAGCAUCUGUCAGCGUGAUUGGAGGGAAGGCUAAGGUUUGCUUGUGGGAUGGACCUUUGUUCAAAUCUCAACUCUGCUACCUGAUAACUUGGGGACCUUAGGUAAGUUAAUCACCUUUAUCCUCAAUGUCUGCAUCUAUGAAAUAUGUAUAAGAAUACACAUUUCACAGGGUUUUUAUUAGGAGGAAGAAACUAACAAGAAGGUAUGUGGUUUCUUCACUGUGACUCACCACUUACCUAUCAAGAUGGCAGCAAAUGAUCUGACCAGAAAAAGGAUGGAAUGCAAGAUUUGGCACACUGGUUUCAGAACUUUGCAAACUUUUCUUUCCCCCACCUUUUUGUCUUAUUAAAUGUUUAAAUUUUUUAUUCAUUUUCACUCGGUUUUCACCCAGUCCCAGGGGAAAAGGGAUUCUUUGGUUUAGAAGAGAUGGAUACUCUGAAAUAACUGAAGAUCACUGUUGCAUUCAUCUAUAUAUUCUCAUUUGCUUAAAAAUCGCUCUUUGAUGGCACUUUGGCAAAAAAAUAAGUAGCACUUUCAUCAUGUCAUGACCUACCUCACACAACACUGAAAAUAUUUUCAUAUAUGGGACAAGGGAUAUAUGGGAAAUCUCUGUGCCUUUCUCUCAAUUUUUCUAUGCACCUGAAAUUGCUCUUUAAAAAAAACAGCUGAAAGUGAUCUCCAAAUUAAAUUAAAAAAAUUUUUUUCAUGCAUCUAAAGCAGGCAUUACUGGUUUAAAAUAGAAUUUAGAAACUUGCAACUUUUUAAACUUUUCUUAUUAGGAAAGCAAAGCAUGCUUCUAUGACACAGACUGAAAGAUUCAGAAGGUAUGAGUACAUAAGGUCAUGAGUCCAGUGCAGACUCCUCAGAACACUUGGUAAACAUACUUUCAGAUGUUUAUCAGUUUUUUUUCUUUCAAAUAUUUCUAAAAGUUGCCAAUUAUUGGCAAUUUUGGCUGCUUCAACUAAUUCCCUAUUAGGCCAGGUUUCCCCAGCUUUGCUCUUUAAAAGCACAAAAUAAUGGCGAAAAGAAAUAAAAAAUUUUGAAAAGUGUAAGACUGCAAAAAAAAAAAAAAUCUCAGAAACGUUCUUACAAAAUGAAAAGAAAUUCUUGAAGCUCCAACAGAUUGCCAGACUCUCCCUUGGUGCCCCUCCGAACUAGUUUCCCAGGGCUUCCUCAAGUUUGGCUGCUUAAAAUAAUGAACAUUUAUUCUCUCUCAGUUCUGGAGGCCCGAAGUCUGAAAUCAAGGUGUUGGCAGGGCUGCACUCCCACAGAGACUCUCGGGGAGGUCCUGUCCGCUCCUCUUCCAGCUUCUGCCAGCACUGACGUUCCUUGGCUUGCAGCUAAACCACUUCAGUCUCUACCUCUGCUGUCACACUGCCUUUUCUUCUUUUCUCCGAAAUCUCCCUCUGCCUCUCUCUUGUAAAGGAUGUUUAAGAGAUGCAUUUGGAUCCACCCAGAUAAUCCAGGAUAAUCUCCCAUUUCAAGAUCCUUAAUCACAGGUGCACAACCUUUUUCCAUAUAAGAGAACGUUUAUUGAUUUCACCCUCCCCCCAUUACUAAUAAUAAAAAUUGGUGAUUUGGGGGCUAUUAAUUUUGUACCAAGGCAUUGUUUCUUCCAAAUUAUCAUGUUGACCAAAUUCAGUGGUAUACUGGAGCAGCAUGUAAUUGCUGUGAGAACCAAGGUUGUUAAACUUUUAGGGUUUUAGCAGGCUGGUUGUGAAAUUAUUGGUAGCUUGAAACUGGCCAUGGUGGGAGUCUUUACACGGUGGAAACACUAUAGAUCAGGGCUUCCCGCACUAGCCACCCUAAGAGGUAGUUCAGGACACCACUGUUUGGCCAAAUCCCCAUGACCUCUAGGAAACUCAUCUUAGAAUAGUUCAUAUCCUGAAGAACCUCCUCAGACUCUCAAAGGCUUGGGUCAAAGCCUCUACUGGCUUCUUUCAUGUCCUUUAUUUGCAUUAUGUUAAAAGUAGCUGUGUGUAUAUCUUGUCUCCUACAAUACAUGUUAAACUGCUCUAGGUCAGGAAUCUCCCUAUCUUUUGUGCUUUAGAAUCAGCCUGUCUGGCUGAUCUAUCAGAGAAUCAAUACAUAUUCGAACUGAUUCCUUUAUCUGGGCUUUUCCCAUCUCUAGAUAGAUAUACUCUAACUGAUGCUUAGUGGGAAUUGCAAUAAUCCUAAAUAUAUAUAUAUAUUUACAUUUCUGUCUCUUUUUUUUCUCUGGAGACAUACUUGAAUUUAGGAAUGGGUACCACUAAUGAAUGAACUUGAAGUACUUUAUGCCCAGUUCUGUUUACUUAAAUCAUUAGAAGUAAGAUUUGUCUGAUUCAUGGAGUCACUAAUGAUAUCAGCAGAAUCUAACAUGUUCAGCAUGGAAUGGUAAUGUAAUGAAAGGUAGCUGAAUUGGUAAAAUGUCUGAAGAAUGAUAGUCUGGUACUGCGCUAACUCAAAGGUGGUCCAGGGGCUGGCAGCGCCUAGGCCCUUUUAAGAAUUCAGAAUUUCAGGCCCUGUCCCAGACCUGAAUCAGACUCUGCGUUUUAGUAAGAUCUCCUGUGAUUGAUGUUCUGGACAAAGUUUGCAAAGAACCAGUUGAGAAGGUAGAGAAAGUACUCACAGGAUCAUUGGCGAGGUCUUAGGAGAGGCACGAAGUACAGAGAAGAUCGUGACUGAACACUUCUUAUUUAGGAUUUUACUUCAAUCUUAGAGUAAGUUCAUUCUUGGUCUUCUUAUCUCAGAAGAAUCUCAAAGUCAGUGCUCAGUUUUAGGGGACCCUCUCAUUUGAAUCCUUGGACUAGGACAUUGUCCCGCUUUUGGUUGGGACAGUUGGUGUUAUUGGUUAUUGACAGCUCACCAGGUCCCUGACAACCCUCAUUGCUGAUGGGCACAUCAGCGACAUGUCCAUCAGGGAUGGUUUCUGUACCAGAGACAGCUUUAUGCCCUUGCAGUGCACUCCACUCCAGGGGACUGAAGGCGGUAAUGGGCUGCCAUAUUGCUCCCGUAUCAAGUGAUCCCAAGGGGACAAUGUGGCUAAGGCUUAGAGUGUCAGAUCUGUUCAGGAGGGCUUUUCAGACAUGAAGACAUUGAAAGGUGGGGUUUAGGGUUGGGAUGAUACAUAAAUACAAAUGUUUGCAUUUAGUCUUUAUACUUGAGGGAAACAACACUAUUAAUUCCAUUGAAAGGAACCUAUUCUGACUUGUAAAGCUGGAGCUUAAUGAAGAGGUAGAGGCUCUCUUUCUUUUAAAUACUGAAGCAUUAGUAGGAGAGGGGAACCCUGAAAAUAGGUUACUGGCAGUGUUUUGUCUUCCAUGACUUCUUUCGUGAGUAAAUCGUUUGUUUGAUUCCUUAGGGGAUGGGAGGCAGAUGAGGAAGGAGGAUUUAGUGUUCUGUGGGAGCUGGCUUGCUAUGGCCCUGGGCGCAUUUUUUUUUUUUUAAGUUAUAAAUGCCUGGCUCAAACUGCUCAUUUCUAGAUGUUGAGAUAAGCUUUUAUUAUUACUGUGUGUAAGUUACCUCAUAGAAAGUUUGCCUGUAAAUAUACUGUUAAAUUAUUUAUGAGAGAUGGCAGCUGGAAAACCUCCUGUACCCUGUCCUGGAAGCUAAAGGUCCCUGCGGGUCGUCUGGGCGAUCCAUGUGGAAACCUGAUAGGGUGCACACUCCAUGGCUCCUACCCUGUCGGGGCUGCUUAGCACAUGACACAGUUCAGGGUCUCUCCUCACCACCACAUUUUUCUUCCUUCACCUUUGUCUCUAUCCCUAAGCCUCCUUUUUGUGUACCCCACCCUCAGCCAAACCAGCCCACCUUGCCAGCUCCAGCAGCACAGCCCUGUUCUCCAUUCAUUAGUUCCUAACUUGGGACUUCUGCCUCUUCUAUUCCGCCUUCCCGAUUUAAAGGGUACAGCCAGGGCAGGAAAGGUAUACAUGGAAAUUGAAAGUCACAGUUCUCAUUUGUGGCCAUUGAGGCCAAAAAGCUGAUGGCACUUGAAAUUAGUUCCCACCCUUGGCUGGCAUUUCACACAGAUGGCAACAGGAGCAAUUACAUGCCUGAGUGGGUUGAGGGGUUUGUCUAAUCCUAUCGCCUGUCACAUCUAACAAUUUUUACUAAAUCAGAGCCUUCCAUUUGUGCUAACCUCUUUUUUAAGGAUGUCAGUAUGUACUGAAAUAUGAAAUAUUGUGUCUUUUGGUAAGGACCUUCCGAAUGUAUUCUAUUAGAUGCUUGGUAGGAACAUAAAUCUUACCAAAUUAAUGGGUGUUUGAUUCAGAAAUUCCCAAAGAAGAUGGUUCUAGAACUUCCCUUUGUAAUAUAUUCUGAUGACUCCCAGUUUUUAUAGCCAACUUUUCCUUAAUGUAUUACCUAAGUCAUUCCUGAAAUAAUACAGAGUAAUUCCUUGUCCUUUUGUCAGUAGCAAUGGGUAGAUUUUCCCUCAAGUAACUAAGAACUUAAGAUAAAAGAGGCAAAAAUAAAUCUCAUAAACCUGGUAUAGAUCCACCUGGGGGUUGUAAUCCAGAGGCUGCUCCUCAGGCCAUUUCAACCCUCAGACUGGCUCUCAAGUGGAAGGACAAGCGUGCUGGCAACUCCAGCAGAGCCUUCUGCUAAAGCAACAAAUUUCGCUCGGUGAGCGCUCAUCAAUCCCCACUAACCAUAUCAUUCAAGCAGGAUUGUUUGUCUGGCUCCUGAGGCCUGGAGCUCACGGUGGCCAAGUGGCAGGAAGGGAGCCGUUAUUGGCACAUCUGAUGGGAACAGAAGUUUCAGUUGGACAGCCUGGCAGCCAGAGGGAGCUGGGGAGGCUCUGCACACCGUAAGGGAUGCAGAUAAAAUCUGUUCAGCAUGUUUAAAACAUCUGAGAAGAGUGUAUUCUACUGUAGAUUUUCAUGGGAAAAAAAAAUGUUACAUUAAGAUGUUUUGCUCCAUUGAAGAGUCUUUCUGAAGCUAUUUGAAGAAACAGGUUAUACUCCGAACGGAGGGAUUUGCCACUGCCAGGUUAUUGUUAAAAUUAACAGUUACACAGAUGAAGUGCAUGGCUCAAGCUAACCAUGACCCUGAUGCCAGGUAGAUGUGUAUGGCUCUUGGGUCCAAAUAAUUAAAACAUGUGGCUCAUUGUAGUUGCUAAAUGAAUGUGGUGCGAAUGAAUAUAAUAGCAUUUUAAGCGGCCUGUUUGUGAUUUUCCAAACUAAUUGGAGUAAAUAGCUAACAUGGAUAAUUAAAAUCUAAAUAUUUCCUCCAAAGCUGAUUUAAACCAUUAUGUUCUACCUUGGCCAUAUGGGAACUCUGAUCUAGUUGUAAAAGUAGUUCAUUUAUUUGACUGUCUUUUACAUAAAUGAAGAUAUUAUUGAUCAAGGUCCUGUAUAACAGAAGCAUGGAAUAGCUAGCAGAUAGGGAAUUGGUUAUUGUGCAAAUAUAUCGUAAGUCUUGUGAAUAAUGGUAAAUCCAUUAAGUUUUUUGAAAAUCCAGCAUAAGUAUGCACCUACUUGGAAGGGGUCAUGAGGUCUCGUCCCUGAAUGGACCUCUAUCCUUCUUGGUCACUUGGCAGUGAGGGUUCCUGUAGCACCUCCCAGCAGCUUUCUCCUGGUUUGCGUACUGGGAGAGGAGGAGGCACUGGAGCAAAGCACACCGUUCAUCUGUGUUGUUGUGUGUGUAUGUGUGUACACCCAUAGGAGGGUGAGAAAAGGAUUCAACAGCAUUUCCUGUAUAGAGAUAACAGUGCAAGGUUUAUCUCAGAGCCUAGAUGUUACUAAAUUAAAAAUAAAGGUGCAGGAUAUAAAUAUCAGGGAAGAAUAAUAGUUGUGUCCUAUGUUUGGGGGAUCCGUGGAUUCUUUUGGAGUGCAUACAUGGAUGUUGGGGGGUCCCAUAAACCUCUAAAAGGGUAAGCAGCAUUUGGGAUGUUUAUGUAUUUUCAGUCACUGUGUCUGUUUUUUCUUUUAUAUUUUGAGAGUCUCAAAAGUAUCUUUGACUCGGAAAGAACACUGGAUGUUUGAGCUUUGAUAUUAGCCAUUGGUGCUAUUCAUAAUUAUAUUAUCUUGCCCUUACAACAGUGAUCAAAUUACAGGUAUCAUUCCAAUGUAAUAGCUGAGCCAGGGUCCAAGUGCUUGGUGAUGUAGCUGGCAUCCCUGGUAGGUGGCAAAGCUUUGAAUCCGGUGGUGUCUGACAUGACCCGGUCCCAUUACUGACUCCAUGUGUGACACUGGGUAUGUCACACACUGUCACUGGGUGUGAAUUCCUCCAUCUGUAAAUGAAGUGGCUUAACCUACAUGAUCUUGUGGGGACCCUAUUGGUUUUUACACUGAGUUCCAUGUCUGUUUCACCUGGACCGCUUUUCAGCUUUGUCCUUCAGUCCUGGUACCUAUUCUCUGUCCUGGUGGCUAUGGUGGUGUGAGCUUUCUGUCUGAGUACUUUGCAGCAGCUCUGUGUUUUUUUCUACAACAAAUGUUUCAGACCUGGUAAGCUCGUAGAGCCCUUUUCUUAAAAUGUCAGUGAAUGCAGCAGAUGUCUGAUGCAAAAUCCUGUGUCUAUAAUUUUUAAUCAACAUUAAUUUUCUAUGGCUGUUUGUUAGGUUUAAUAUAAUUUCUCAGUGCUGAAUAAAGGAAGGUGAGAUGGACCCUGUUCUCUCCUUGUUGUUUAUUAGUUUUACUCUGAAUGACACUUUGGGGAGGGAUUGCUGACCCAAGUCUCUAUGAUGAUGGGGUUUUUAACACCCCUAGUGCAGUGGAAUUAUGUUGGCCUUGGGUGCAGUGGUGCAUCCAAAUGCAUGAAAACGAUGAAGGGUUAUACACUAGCCUCUGGGCUGGCGCCUGCAGCUGAUUUCAGCUAGUGAGUUAUCAGGUGAUGGCUCUUCCUGAUAGGAUAACCUUUCAAAGCUAGAAGGGAAUGAGCCUCAGGGGCUGCCAGUGGGGAAGCAGAAAGGGUCCUUUGCCCCCAACUCACUGCCGGUGGAAGAUGGGAGAGGUAAUGACAGGAGAAGCAAGAAUGGCUGCAUUUCACCUUCGCUGAAAGCUGGGAGUGCAGUAAUAGCCGCGUCACUUUUAUUCCCUUUGGAAAUAUGUUUCCUUAGAUGAUGACAUCCCUGAGCCAGUUUAGGAAUGCUGGAUGUUUAUGCAACUAUACACUCUUUUAAAACCCCUUCUCAAAAUCCCACCUUCAGAAGUAUGGUCUGAUAAUUAAUAACCAAGUUCUUUUUUUUUUUUUUUAACCCCCAGCAGUCUGUAUUCUGCACAGGCUUGCAUUUCUGUAGCUUUGCUGGAGUUCAGAAGUUUGAGCUGCCACUGAAGUACAGACAGUGGAGGGGCGGGGUUUUCCGUCUCCAAUGAGGUGCCUUUAGUGUCGGGAAAGCCUAUCGUCUUUCACAGGAACGCUUGCUCUGUAAUCCAAGCAGUAGCCACGCAGCCUGUUUUAUUGUUUGCGGAGCCCUGUGGACCCUGAGCGCUUCACAGAUGGGAAAGAGGACAAGCAGGCGGUUUAUGAUUCUGCGCUGGGCUGCGACAAGUGAGCCGAACUCUGAUUUCUCCCAAGUCACCGUUGUGGGUGAACUUUAAACUGGGCGCCUGGGUUGACGCUGGAUCUUUUUCUCCAGCCUGAGGAGUUCCUUCUGUCGGCAGCAGACGGCUGCCUUCUACCCUUGUGGGGAAAGAUGCCUGGGAGAGGAGUCAGAUCGCAGUGUGGGGUGCCAGGGGCGUCCCACAGAGUCAGAGUGCCUUGGUUCUGUUCUUUGCAAAGUCCUGGCAAGUGUUCCUGAAAUGAACACCCUGCCUCAUUUUUAAAAUUGUUCUUUUAUUUAUUUUUAUUUUGGGGACUGUGGCUAUCUUGGACCAGAAACCAAGUACCAAAAUGUGGCUAGGGUAAAACGAUAUAUGUUUUUUGUUUUCUUAACCCCUCAUUUUCCUUUUCUUUGCAAUUGGGUGACAUAGAAGCAGUCCUUUUGCAUAAUGCCGUGCCUGACUCUCAGCGUUGUCUGAAUACGUGGGAAGAAGCAGGUUCAUUUAAAGGACCAACAAGAACUUAAAAACCCAAGCUUUUUGUUCACUGGGCUGUCCUUUGUCUAUAGUCGAUUUUGAUGUGAAAGAAGAUGAAAAAGGAAGGCUCUUCAGGUUCCUUCAGACUCAAGGCAAAUUCAGGUUCUCUCUCACGUGCUGUGAGUUGGAUAAAUUUCUCCUCCUUGUCCAGGCAGACAAAGAGGCUGUUCCGCAGUGAUGGAGAGCUCUCGGUUUGCGGGCAGCAGGUGGAAGCAGAUGAUGAAAACUGGACAUACAGAGCCCAGCCCAGAAAAGCGGUUUCCAACCUAGAUGAGGAGAGUAGAUGGACAGUCCACUACACAGCUCCAUGGCACCAGCAGGAGAAUGUGUUCCUUCCCGCCACAAGACCCCCCUGUGUAGAGGACCUGCACCGCCAAGCCAAGCUCAACCUCAAAUCAGUAUUAAGGGAAUGUGAUAAACUGCGGCGGGAUGGCUGCCGAAGUUCUCAGUACUACUCCCAGGGACCCACCUUCGCAGCCACCUCCAGCCCGCUCUGUGAUGAUUGUCAGGAUGAGGAUGAAGAAGCAGAUCAAAAGUGCUCUAUUUUUUUGUCCGAAGAAGAAAGACCCAUUUCCAGCAGGAGACCUAAAACGCCAACCUCAAGUGAAUUCUCUGACCUUAAUACUCAGACAAACUGGACCAAGUCACUUCCCCUGCCGACACCAGAAGAGAAGAUGCGGCAGCAAGCCCAAACAGUCCAGGCUGAUGUGGUUCCUAUUAACAUCACGGGGGAGAAUUUCGAUCGCCAGGCCAGCCUUCGGCGGUCUCUUAUUUACACAGACACUCUGGUAAGACGACCGAAGAAAGUCAAAAGGAGAAAGACUAUUACAGGCGUCCUUGACAACAUACAGAAGGAGCUAGCAUCCGGCAUAGGCUGCGAUGAUGUGGGUGGUCACCCAGUGUACACCCCAGAGCACUACUCUACACUAGGAAGGCUUGACAGCUGUCAGUCACCUGGGCCAUGCUCAGCAACCAGGGACUCCAGCUGUCAGACUGAGGAAGUGAAAGUCGUACCCCCUUCAAUGAGAAGAAUCAGAGCGCAAAAGGGACAAGGCAUUGCUGCCCAGAUGAGCCACUUCCCGGGCUCCUCCGGGAACAUGUCUGUGCUGAGCGACUCUGCAGGCAUUGUGUUCCCUUCUCGCCUCAACAACGAUGCUGGCUUCCACAGUCUCCCACGCUCAGGAGCAAGGGCAAACAUUCCCCUGGAGCCACGGCUCGGUGCCCUGGGCCCUACAGAAGACUUGGACGGCACUUUCCCCUACCAGAGGGAUUACCUACAAGUAGAUGAAAACUUCGUACAUUUAGGAGGAGCCUCAGGCACUGGAGCACUUUUGAGGCCCAAGUCCCAGGAGCUGAGGCUUUUUGAGAGUGAGAAUGUAACAAGCCCAGCGUGUGUGGUUUCUCCUCAUGCGACGUUCUCCACCAGCAUCAUCCCAAAUGCCACACUCUCUUCCUCUUCAGAGGUUAUUAUUAUUCACACUGCCCAGAGUUCAGGGCAGCUGGACAGUAAACUUACCAGCUCAUCUUCAUACCCCAAGAUAAAAUCCAGAGACCACCUGCUCUCCAGGCAUGCUGGUAAAGAUGACCGUCUGGCUCCUUGUGGUUACUGGAAUGAGGGUCACUCCACCAUUCUUCCACAAGCCUUAGAUUCCCAUUCCUCCAAUGCAAAGACGCUGUUGUCCCUCUGUGAUUCAGCUGUACCUUUCAAUACCCCAGCAAUUCGGGAGAAUGGAUCCCAAGCCAUAGCCUAUAACUGUAGAAACAACCUGAGCUUCCCAGUGCACCCCCUGGAUGCGGAUGGCAAGAGUGAGUCCAGUUAUUCAGGAGGCAGGGGGCAUCAUGGCAGCACAGAGCCCUGGGAGUACAGUGCCUCAGGGAACGGGCAGGUGUCCCCACCGAAGCCACUUUCGGCAACUCCUGGUCACUCCACACCUGUAGGUAACAUGGGCAGUGGCAGUUUGGACCAAGCAUUCAACAAAGAUGACACCGGGUUUCUGUAUGCAGAGGCCCAGGACGGCUCCUGCACACCUCUGCACACGGACGCUGCACGUGGGUCCGGGAAUCUGUGCAAUAGCAGCGAUGGCUUUGGGAACCCCAGGCACAGCGUGGUCAGUGUUUUUGAUGGAAGAGCUGAGAAGAACCAAGGGGACCAGCUAAACUAUCAUGACAGACCCCUUUCGAGAAACAUCUCUUUGAAGAAAGCAAAGAAGCCUCCUCUGCCACCUUCUCGGACGGACUCCCUGCGCAGGAUGCCCAAGAGGAGCAUCCAGUCCAACGGGCAGGAGCUCAACGAAAGCCUGAUUGCCUCGCUGCAGCACUCGCUGCGGCUGAACCUGCCGGGCAAGGGCGGCAGCUCGCCCUCCCAGAGCCCCUGCAGUGACUUUGAAGAGCCCUGGCUGCCUCGCUCGCGCAGCCAGAGCACAGCCAGUGCGGCGAGCAGCAUGACUUCCGCCACCACCCCCAACGUCCACUCGCUGUGUGGGGUCACGCCCUCGCAGAGCGACACCAGCAGCAUCAAGUCCGAGUACACGGACCCAUGGGGCUACUACAUUGACUACACCGGCGCACAGGAAGACCCGCGGAACCUGGGCGGGGGCCCUUCAGCCAGCAAUGGGGCACCUGCUGGCAAUGGGCCAAACGGCCCCGUGCGGGACGCGGCCAGGGCCGCGGUGCCCCCAGGGCCCAGUGGCGCAGUCAAACCAAAGAUCCCAUCACCAGAGAAGUCCCACAGAGUCACGUCUCCAUCCAGUGGGUAUUCCAGCCAGUCCAACACGCCCACGGCACUCACCCCUGUGCCUGUGUUUUUAAAGUCGGUGUCACCAGUAAAUGGGAAGGGGAAGACCAAGCCCAAGGUGCCGGAACGGAAGUCCUCUCUCAUAUCCUCCGUGUCUGUCUCCUCGUCCUCCACGUCUCUCUCGUCCAGCACCUCCACUGAGGGAAGCGGAACAGUGAGGAAGCUGGAUUCCGGGCUGGCCUCCCCCCUUGCCGCCCCUCCUCGCCCUUCUCUGCCAUCUCUGCGUCCUGCUGACAAGCCUCCUCUUCUUCCUCCUCCCCCACCUGUAGCCGAUUCCCCCGAAGCUUCCCCUCUGCCUCACUCUCCCACUUUCCCACCUCCGCCACCGGAAGUGCUUCCUCCCUUUGGCCCCGCCCCCACCACGUGCUAUGCCCCUCCCCCCACAGCACUUAGCCCCCUUCUUCUGGCUUCAUCGGCUCCCCUGCCCCCACCUUCCUUAGCAUCCUCAGUUCCCCCACCUGCCCCACCUCUGGACCCCAAAUUGGUGAAGGAUGCCAGGCCCUCUUUCAAAAAAUCUGGCCAGCCGGGAUCCUCCCCAGAGGCCUGUAGGCAGCCUUCCAGCAAGGAGGGCGGUGGGCCCCCCGUGCUUCUGGUAACCGCGGAGGUGUUGCAGAUGGUGCAGUUGAGGCCGGUGAGGAAGAACUCAGGAACCCAGGAAGCACUGUUACAUGAACAAGUAUCUCAGGAAAAACUAACUCCAGUCGUUCCCCAGUAUCCUUUAAAGCCAUCUGCUCUCCUGAAGUCCCGAAAUAGCAUAAAUGAAAUGGAGAGUGAAAGCCAGCCUGCCUCCCUGACAAGCUCGCUCCUGUCUCCUGCCAAGAGCGUGAGUCAGGGUCACCAGGACAGUGCAGCCGAGCGUGGCCUCCGGAGCUGCAGCCCAGGCCGCGCCGACCGGGCAGAGGCUGGGCCCGGGCACAGGAGCGCGCCUCGGCAGGAGCCCGACGGUCCUGCGCCCAGCAGGAAGCCGCCCCCCAUCUCCAAGAAGCCCAAACUGUUCCUUGUGGUGCCACCUCCGCAGAGCAAUUUCCCAGCGGAGCCCACGGGGCACGUGAGCGAAGCGGUGCCCAGCCCCACGAGGGGAGAGGCGCAAGAGAGUUGUGCAGCCGGGGCUGGCUCUCAUGAGCCCGAUGCGGGCAGCUCAGUUCCGGAGGGAGGAGCUGCAGGGUCCACGUCCCCCAGCCGCGUGGGAGCCAGUGUCCGUAUGGUGCAGCCCCCUGCCUUGCCAGCCCCCAGGAAGGAGCCAGGCCCCGAGAACAGUGCGGACGGCGGGGACAACGUGGAGGGCGGCCCAUCUCUACAGGACCCAGGGCCUGGAGUGCCGGAGACAGACAGAGCCGGGUCUUCCGCAGAGGCUUGUGACUUCCUUAAGGAGGAAGAGAGCGAUGAGGUGAUGACCCCCAGUAGGCCCCGGACCACAGAAGACCUUUUUGCAGCUAUUCACAGAUCCAAGAGGAAAGUCCUUGGCCGUAAAGAUUCAGAUGAUGAUCACUCCCAAAACCAUUCUCCCUCCCCACCAGUGACGCCUACCGGUGCUGCUCCCAGCCUGGCCUCCCCGAAGCAAGUGGGAUCGAUUCAGAGAAGCGUCCGUAAGAGCAGUACCAGCAGCGACAACUUCAAAGCUUUGCUGCUGAAAAAGGGGAGUCGGUCAGACACCAGUGCCCGCAUGUCAGCUGCUGAGAUGCUCAAGAACACAGACCCUAGAUUCCAGAGGUCAAGGUCAGAGCCUGCACCGGACACUCCGGAGAGCCCAUCCAGCUGUUCCCCAAGCAAGAACAGAAGGGCCCAGGAGGAGUGGGCCAGGAACGAAGGCUUGAUGCCUCGGAGUCUGUCCUUUUCCGGCCCCAGGUACGGCCGCAGCCGAACGCCGCCCUCUGCAGCCAGUAGCAGAUACAGCCUGCGGAACCGGAUCCACAGCAGCCCCAUGACCGUCAUCUCGGAAGGCGAAGGGGAAGCCCUGGAGCCCGUAGACAACAAGGCUCGCCGGGCCCUGGGUGCUGCCAGGGGAGGCUCACUGGAUGGACUGGUGGGGGAUGAAAUGGACAAAGGCAGCCUGCUCUGUGGAGGGGGGCCCGCCGCCUUGCUACAGGCACCGGCUCCCGGCCCUGCAGAUGGGACGGCCAGCGCACAGGGCAGGGGUCCGUCGGAACAGAGCGGAGGUCCUCCGAGAGGAGAGAGCUAGGGGCAAGACUGCAUUUCCCCAGUGAUAUGGGGGAGCUGCGCCACAUUUCACUCUAGGAAGCCUGACAGGUACCCUUUGCUGCCUUGCCCGUGGAUCCCACCCAGCAUUUGUGCUGCGGCCCCAGGCACUGCCAGCCCUGCAGUGGAAGGGGAGGGUUACUGAGGACUCACUUGGCACUUGCCCUGUGGCUUAAAAGCAAGUAGAAGCUUAACUUCUGAAAGUGCUUCCUAGGGAAGACUUUUUUUUUUUUCUUUGCUAAAUGCUGGGUUAUGUGUGGAGGGGUGGAUGUGUGUGUGUGUUUUGAAUGCUUCCUGUGUUAAAAAAAUACAAACACACACAUACAACAUGUACAGAAAUAGGAGAAAGAGAGUUAAGCUAGGUUGAGUAAUGGAAUCUUCUGGUCUAGUUGGUAAUUGCUUUGUUGAAGUGUCAUGUUUAUGGAAGUUAGUGAGCUCCAGAAGAAGGGACAAGACCAUUACUUCUGAGAAAGGUAGUAGGUUUGCUGGUUCUCAAUGUGCAGAACGCAUGGGUAUAUGCACAGGUGUGCUGUUGAGGUGAGCCCUGUUGUGCUUAUCCCAAAAACCUGGGAAAGGGCUCAGUGAUUGGUUCAGGUACUUUUUUCUGGGGAAAAAAGGCUUUGUUUCUUUUUUGUAAAAAUGACAAACGUGGAAGUGGCAACGCUGUAACUUGGAGCCUGCUGCUGUGCAGCCACACACACACACAAACUAUUAGCCUGAUGUUUAGAAAUAUGGGUAAUUUUGUAAUGAACUUCCUCCUUGAGUAGCGGCUGAGACCUUCUUUGAGAAUUGGAAUGAUGGUGCACACAUCCAGAGAGGGUAGGAGAGAGGAGAGAAGAGGCGUUGAGUGAUACACUGCUGGAAUUUGUUUCCUACUUGUUAAAUAAAAUUAUUUUUCCAAACUAAAUUUGAAAACUUGCACUACAGAACUGUGGGUGGGGCUUUUCCUUCUACACCUGUUCUUACCAGAGCUUAAAUUUCCAUUUGGCAAUUUCUUAUCACCAGGAAUGUCAACAUUUGCUAACUUUUGGAUAUCCAUUUGGUUUCACCAAAGAAAAAGUUACAGCUAUUUUUCCUUGAACUGCCUGCAGUAUCAUGUCCUCAUCUAGAAAGGUUUAUCAAAAUCUAGUAUAUAUUAUCUUACUUUGAAGGAAAUGCUGAUUAGCUCUCAUUGGUCAAAAAAACUGAUUUAAAAAUGGCAGGGUUUGGCUAUUACUUAGCCCUGGGACAUGAGUUUUUAGAUUAAAAGGAUUUUUGCAUCAUUUGGUUUGUGAGUUUUUAUAUUUUUUAUAAAUAAUUGAAUUGGCUAAUUAGCUUCUAAUCUUCUCCAGUUAGAAUUUUAACACUUUUAGACUUGGGGGAAAAAAGUGUGUAAAGUAUUUAUUUUUAUGUCAUAUUCUUGUGGCUCCUUCCCCCGCUCCCCUCCAACUGCUGUGUACUUAAGAUUCCCUUAUUUGUGGUUAAAUAAAAUCAGAGUCUUGUCUUCUUCAUUAGAAGGACCUUAGAUGACAGUACCAGGAUUCUUGGCCUUAACUACAGUGCAGCUGCCAAUUCUCAGCUUUUUGGGUAUGAAAAUAUCUUCUAAAAGUUGGACUGCCAGGUCAAAUCAUCCUAAGGCUUAUACAAUAAAACCUUAAAUAGACAUUUUAGAUGCAUCUUUGAGACAGAAACAUACCUAAUGAAUUGAGGCUCCUUCUGUUCUCUGAAGAAAACGAAACACUUCUUUUGACACAACAAGAAAUCAAGACCUGACAUUUGGCCAAAGGCAAAAAGACUUUUUCCCAUUUGGAGCAAUUGUCUACUCCAUGGGGCACAAGGAUCUUUGCUUCUAAAUUUUAGAGAAGUAUUGUUGUUUUGAAUAUGAAAUCGCUUAUUUACCUAAACAAAGAUUAGAAUGUAUGUGGAUACCACAAAACUUUAACUUAAUAUAUAAAUCAUUUAUGUUGAAGGUAAGAUAAACAACAUCAAAACUAAUUAUAAAACUAUUUUGAAAACCCCCAUUUCUUUCAAGGAAAAAUAUAUCAGGUUUUUAAAAUUUGCUUUGAAUAAAACAGUUGUAAAGUAAA